CGGAAGUAUGAAAGGUGAAACAAGAGCCGUCGGCAAAAACAUUUUCACCAAGUUAUAUAGCGGAAGCCACUUCCACUCCACGCCACCUCUCUCCGCCCUCCGCAAAAUGGCGACUUUAGUGGUGGCGACCACCGCUGAUCCGGCGUCGAUCAACCCGGCCAAAGCCCUUCUCUCCAUGCCCGGCUGGCUGCCGGGCCCCACCCUCGACGGCGGGAUCAGGAGCUUCAAGAACGGCGACGUCGUUCGUCUAUUGCAGCAGGACAAAUUCAUAAUUGAAGAAGACGACCUCGACUUGAGGUGGGAGGCCGCCACCGGUGAGACUGUGGCGGAGCUCCUCUUUCUUUCCCGCCACGCCGCCGUCUCCACCCGCCCUGCCCUCACCAUCCACCCUAUAGGAGUACCACAUUUGAAGGAGGGAGAUGUUCUACCGCAAGGGGGAAGGGCGGGAUGGGCUGCACCGCCUUGUCCGCGUAUAGGGCCAUGGCUGAUGCUUUUGAAGAAGCUUGCUGAAUCCCACAACUUAGUACCUGAAUUUGAGAUAACAUUGGAAGCUACUCAUCAUGGACCUGUAACAUCUAAACCAGCUAUGUUCAUUGAGAUAGGUAGCACAGAAGAAUACUGGGGAAGAGAGGAUGCUGCUCAAGUUAUUGCUCAAUUGGUAUGGGAGGGACUUGGUCUUGGAGCAAGUGAUGCUGUCGGAGUUUGGCGCAGUACAACUGAAAAGAAGAGAGUGCUGCUUGGUCUUGGAGGAGGACAUUAUGUACCCCGUCAUAUGGACAUAAUUCAAAAAGAGGGAACUUGGGUUGGCCACCUCAUAUCUGGAUAUUCUCUUCCAAUGGAAGAUCCCGGGCAGACAAAAUCGAGUAUAAGUGCUGAAAGCAUUGGAGGGACGUGGAAACAAUCAAUCCAAGUUGCUUUCGAUGCUACAAAAGCAGCCUUCCCAGGCGGGGAAAUCUUGGCUCAUCUUGAUCACAAGAGUUUCAAGGGUUGGCAGAAGACUGCCAUCAUAGAUUUCCUAGGCAAGCAGAAUAUAAAGAUAGGUAAGCAGGCAGAUUUCUGCUGAUUAAGGCCAAUUUGGUAUCUUAUGAUAUUCAUGUCCAAAUCCUAUAUUUUUUAUAGGAUGUAAUGAUUUCAGUAUGAUGUCUGAAAUCUAAAUUUUGCAUUAGAUUCUCAAAUAUCAUGUUUUUAUGAACCUUUUAAACUAAAUCAUUCAUUCUUAAA